UAUUUGCUCCCCGUAGAUAGGUAUGCUGUGUUUCUGGCACGGAAGGGUUUAUUUCUCCUCUGCCGGCGAGCAACCAAAGCCGAUAUAUACAGGCAAGGGGUCCUGAAGAAGGCGGGGAAAGUCAUGGAGAAAACGCAGGCGACCAAACAGGGAGGGGAACAAGCGAACCGGCCCCGGGUCAAAACGCACCACCAAUCUGCAGAGGGGCGAGCCGGGGAAAGAACACGGAACGAGGAAAUGAAGCAUCCGGACGAAGAAGGAAGAAGAAGAACCUGAUUAAAGCCCCCCUUUGCCCAGGCAGACAAUAGCCACGGUUGGGGUCCAUGGCCGUGAAUGCCUUUGGGGGGGGGGGAAGUGGUACGCGGCAGGCAACAUCCAGAUUAUUUGGGGGAUUCGACUGGGGCGUUUCCCCGUACCCCGGCCAGAGCGCUCAAAGGGUCGUUCGUCUUUCGGACAGCCACCACCACAAGCUGUCUCCCGGGUUGAACCAGGCCUCAAGGCCUCAAGCCAACGGCAUCGUAGUAGUCAGAGAGGCCUCUUCGCAGACCUGGGGGCUCAGCGGACCGCCGGUGUUGGUGAACCCCAAGUCCCCGUCCCCGUCAGUCACGGUCACGGUCACGGUCACAGUCACCCGCAGGGCUCUCUUCACUAAAAGCUCCCGCCAUCAAAGUAGACUCCCGCCCAUCACAACACCUCGACCGGUGUUGGUGGUUCGUAUUGUUAUUGUGUUAGUGGUUUACCCACCAAACCCGCCAGAAGGAGCGAGUAACACGCAGGACAAAGGCUGAAGAGGUGCGUCUGCCCCCCUUCCGGAGUCUGCAAUUUUUUUAAUCUCUCUCUCCUCAGUUUUGAGGUCU